UGUCUUCUUUGGCAAAAGUAUGGUUACAUGUAACCCAAAGCUUCCAUUCAAAAAAAUUUAGGAAAUUUCUCCUGAUUUAAAAAGAAGGAAGUAAAGCCUUAUGAAAUAAGCAUCGUCAUUCAGAUUCUUUACUUGAUAGAUUCCUUCAGCAUCUUAAGUUAAACUGGAGAUCGUGUCAGCAUGGGCUCUGAACAGUUUUCUCCUUGUUCUUAAGAACAUGCAGUGAAGUGACCUCGACGCAAAGCACACCUGCCAAAGCCUCCACAUCAUCCUCAGCGUUUUGCAUGCCAAACCAAAAAGACCAAACAAAAGCCUCCAUUUCUGAGUAAGUACAGCGUGCAAUUGUGACUUCGAGCAUUUAAAAAAAAAAGACAAUUUUCAGAUAUUCGUUACCAUGAAUUAUUUACCAGCAUCAUCAGGGAAGUGAAGACUCCUCCUGAAAAUGGGGUGCCAGUUGAUAGCUCCUCUGCUGAAAGCCUACAAGUAAGUUUGUUUUUAAUUGAAUUGGAAUAUUAACUUUUCUCUAGAAUUUACGUUUGUCUCAUCUCUACUCCAAAUCUCAGGUGUGUCAAAAACACAAGUGCUGUAAUUCAGAAGAAGUGUUUGCUUCUGAGAACAACCUGAAUGAGCAUUACACCACAGGACAGAACAAAAGAGAUGUUGGUGAUAUCAGGUUGCUUUCUGGCAAAGAAGAGUCAGAUUUGUCAUCUUUCAAGUCACCAAAGAGGCAGUUAUGUACCUGCUCACCUAAAGAUGAAACAUUGACUCUGAGAACUGGGAAAAGACUGAGAAAAAGUGACUUCAGAUUGCCCGAUGACCACAAAGAGCCUGAUAUCAGCUCAAGUGAGAAGGAAAGAUGGAACAGUCAAUGCGAUUGUGGGGCGAAUGCAAGGAAUCCACAGGUCCUUCUGUCAUUUGAGCCAGAGCACAUGAAGGAGAAGAGGUUUUUGUAUGAUGGAAGAUCCAAUAAUAAGAACGUCACCACAAACAUGCCUGAUCAACCUUUUGAAGUGCAUGCUUCUUGGGAAGGGUGUGCUGUUGAGAUAAUUAUAAACAUUGCUAAGCAUAGCACAGAUGUCUUGGACUUCAGCAACAGUGCAGCAACCAGACCAAGCUGUUUUGACCAUUAUGUCCAAAUAAUUUCUUUUCUUAUUGGAUUUUGGCUAAAACAUUCAAAGCAGGAUAUCAUCUUGUCAGUUGGUAGAUUCUCCGUACGGCUGCAAGCAAGUGAUCUGUACUGUUGCCCAAUCAAAGAAGACGACAAAGAGUUACGUCUUCAAGACAAAAAGCUUUCUUAUGCAACAUUGAGUCCAUCAGAAAAAUUUGCUAAAAAAUAUUCAGAAACAAUUUGGAACUACAUGGUGGGGAACCAUGACAAAGUUAAUUCUCUUGUACAAACCCCUCAGGAUGCCAUUGCAGUAUGUGCCAUUUUGUUCUCGGAGGUCAUCAGGUAUCCUAACAUGCUUUUCCACAACAUCCUCAUGAUGCUGUAUUACAAAUCAUGGGAUGACUUUUGUGACCAUCAUCCCAUGGUAAGAGGAGGAUCAUGGAAACAUCAGAACAAUGAUGUCCCUGCAAAGGUUAAAAGGAUCGAAAAAAACAACCUUUUAUUUUUUGCCAAGGAAAUGAUGAGAGGUGGAGGAGUUUUAUUCCACGUUUCUGUUUCAAUGCAAUUAAAAAUGCAAAAUUAUGAAACAGAAAUUUAAGGAGGCUCUUUUAAGGAGAGGCUUCUGGGGUAUGGGAGCUGAACACGCAGCAACCCUUGAAGUUUCACCCAAAGAGAGACUUUAUAAUAAUAAUAAUAAUAAUAAUAAUGUUAUUUUUAUAUUGCAUUGUUUUUACUAUGGGCGACGCGGUGGCGCAGUA